UACCCGGGACCCUACAGAGUGGAGUGGGUGUCUCUGGCGUAGAGGAGCCACGCAGAUAGGCAGGACGUCCUGUGGGAAAGGAGGAGAGAAGAGAGGAAGAGGGGCUGGCUCAGGCUCGGGCCCCUGAUGGUGGCUAUUUUUGUCUCCCCUAGCUGAGUGAUUGGGGACAGCAGGUAAAGGAAAAGAUGCUUAUGGGUGCGGGACGAGACACGGCGCGGGAUGAGGCCCAGAAGCUUCACAGGAAGUGGCUGAAGCACCAGGCCUUCAUGGCCGAGCUGGCCCGCAACAAAGAAUGGCUGGCCAAGAUAGAGCAGGAGGGCCAGGAGCUGAUCGAUGAGAAGCCGGAGCUGCGUUCGGUGGUGCAGCAGAAGCUGGAGGAGAUCAGGGAGUGCUGGACGGACCUGGAGAGCACCACCAAGGCCAAGGCCCGGGCUCUGUUUGAGAACAACAAGCCAGAGCCGGUGGUGAAGAGCUACUCAGACCUGGACCACCAGCUCUCUGGCCUGGAGAAACAGCCCCCCCAGCUGGAGCAGGCUCAUCACCUACCCACCUUCAACGAGCAGCUGCAGAAAUUUCAGUCUCAGAUGGGGAACAUGUACAAGGACGUAGGGGAACUAGGGUCCCUCCAGGGGGUGUGCCUCCCCCAGCGAGGCAGCCUGGUGAAGGGUGGCGAGGGAGAAGGGGGCGAGCAGCCAGCCGUAGUGGAGACCCGCAUCGUGCGCCUCAUCGAGCCCCUGAAGGAGAGACGACGCAUCCUGCUGGCCUCCAAAGAGAUGCACCAGGUUGCUCAGGACCUGGAGGAAGAGAUACUGUGGAUCCAGGAGCGGCUUCCUCUGGCCUCCUCUAAGGAUUACGGCAACAACCUGCAGAGUGUUCAGCAGCAUGUCAAGAUCAACCAGACACUGCAGAGGGAUCUGCAGGGGCGCCAAGCACGGGUGGAGGAAGUGUUGGACCGGGCAGGGAUCAUCGCCUCUCUGCGGACCCCUGAGGUUGACUUUGUGCGUGAGGGGGCGGGGCAUGUGCGUCAGGUGUGGGAGGUGCUGAGGCUGGAGGCGGAGAGGAGGUCUGUGAUGCUGGAUGUGGUGCUGCUGGCCCAGCAGUAUUACAGCGAGGCAGCCAAGGUGGAGUCCUGGCUGGCAGGCCAGAAACUGCACCUCAUCAAUGAGGAGAAGGGCACGGACGAGGAGAGCACCCUGCAGCUGCUGAAGGAGCACCUGGCCUUGGAGGCGACAGUGGAGAACUACGCUGAGACAGUGGGCAUGCUCUCCCAGCAGUGUCAGCAACAGCUGGAGCUGGGGCACCCAGAUAGUGAGGGGAUCACCAAGCAGCAGUCCCACAUAGACCGUCUGUACGUGUCUCUGAAGGACAUGGUGGAGCACAGGAAGACCAAGCUGGAGCAGCAGUACUGGAUGUACCAGCUCAACAGAGAGGUGGAGGAGUUAGAGAAGUGGAUCACUGAGAGGGAGGCCGUUGCCAGCUCCACUGAGCUGGGUCAAGACCUGGAGCAUGUCACGUUGCUACAGGAAAAAUUCACCAAGUUCUGCUCAGAGACCAACAGCAUAGGCCAGCAGAGGAUGGAGCAGGUGAAUAAGAUGGUGAAUGAGAUGAUAGACUGUGGCCACACGGACGCGGCCACCAUAGCUGAGUGGAAGGACGGACUGAACGAGUCAUGGGCCGACCUACUGGAGCUCAUGGAAACCCGAAGACAGAUGCUGGCAGCAUCACACCAGCUGCACAAGUUCUUCACCGACUGCAAAGAGGUCUUGGCUCAGACUGCAGGGAAGAUGAGGCAGUUGCCAGAGGUGAGGGCGUGCCAAGCCAGCAUUGCCAACCCUGCCACCCUGCAGAGGCUCAUGCUCUCCUUCGAGCACGCCCUCCAGCUGCUCGUCUCACAGGUAAGGCAGCUACAGGAAAAUGCGGCCCAGCUGAGGACCAUCUAUGCCGGAGAGAAGGCUGAGGCCAUCAUGAGCAAAGAGCAGGAAGUGAUGUCAGCAUGGAAGGAGUUACUGGUUUCCUGUGAGGCCAGUCGUGUGCAGGUCACCUCGGUGACAGACAAGGUGCAGUUCUUCUCGGUGGUGCGUGAGCAGCUCAUGUGGAUGGAGGGCAUCAUGGGACAGAUUGGAGGGGACGACCCCAGGGACUCGUCUUCUGCAGAGGUGAUGAUGAAACAGCAUGGUGAGCUGAAAGCCAAGAUGGAUGGCCGUAGGAAGACAAUACAGCAAUGUGUGGAGCUGGGAAAGAUCCUGCUGGCCGCAGGCAACCCAGCCUCCGAGGAGAUAAAGGAGAAGUUGGAUGCGCUCCUGGCUAAGCAGAAGGAUCUCUCUGAGAGAUGGGACAAACAGCAGGAGAAGCUACAGCGCAAGAAGGAUCAGUUCCAGUAUGCCCAGGAGACGGUGAAGGCGGAGGCCUGGCUGAAGGCCAAGGAGCCCCUGAUUAGCUCCAGCUCCUCCUCUAGGGUGGCUGGGGGGGCUGGAGGAGACGCCCAGGUCCAGACUGAUGAGGUGGAGCAACUCAUCCUCCGCCACGAGGCCUUCCGCAAUGCUGCAGCCACCUGGAAGGAGCGCUUCAGCUCACUGAGACAGCUCUCCAAUGCAGAGAAGCUGAGAGAAGAACAGAGCAGCAAGCCUUCCCCAAUGCCACUCUCCAGUCGGAGGAUGUUCCCAUCAUCCUGUCUCACUCCGACCAUUCCUCUUGCUACCUCAACUCUGCUGAGACAGACGGUCCAGGUGCAUAUUGAGCCCAGGCCCACGCAGACCAGUCUGGAGAUGUCUGCCUCUGCCUCCUCUGCAGCCCAAAGGUUGGGUUCUACCAUAGCCAGCUACGGUCCUGUCAUAAAUGGCUCUGGUUACCAUGGACUGGACAACCAGAGCAGCAGCGGGGGAUUGGAGAGUUCCAACUACCCUGGACUGAACCAUCCGGGCAGUGGAGGAGUAGACAGCAGCUCUAGUUACCUUGGAGGGAACCAUCAGACUGGCUCCCCACCAGUGGAUAGUUCUGGCUACCUUGGACUGAACCAUCAAAACAGUGGGGGUAUGGUUAGUCCAGGCUACCUACCUCAAAACCAAAGUAGUGGGGGUAUGUGUGGUCCAGGCUACCUACCUCAAAAUCAAAGCAGUGGGAGUAUGGGUAGUCCAGGCUACUUGCCGCAAAAUCUAUGUAGUGGGAGUAUGGGUAGUCAGGCUACCUGCCACAAAAUCAAAGUAGUGGGAGUAUGGGUAGUCCAGGCUACCUGCCAAAAAAUCUAAGUAUUGGGGGUUUGUGUAGUCCAGGC